GCGACGGCUGAUCAUGGAGAUUGAGAACAUCGUGGCUAACACGGUGCUGCUCAAAGCCCGGGAAGGAGGAGGUGGCAAACGAAAUGGUCGAAGUAAGAAAUGGAAGGAGAUGCUAAAGUUACCCCAUAUCAGCUAUUGUAAUGAACUCAGAUAUUCCAUUGAGAAGGACUAUAACAGUCUUUGCGACAAGCAGCCCAUUGGAAGACUUCUUUUCAGGCAGUUCUGUGAUACAAAGCUUGAUCUAAAGAAAUGUAUUGAAUUUCUGGAUGCAGUGGCAAAAUAUGAGGUGGCUUCAGAUGAAAAUCGAAGAGACUCUGCUCUGAAGGUUUUAGACAAAUACUUCAACAAUGGGUCUGCUGCCCAUUUACCGGAAAUACCUCAGGAUAUAGUGAAAGAAUGUAAAGAGAGGCUGGAGCAGAGCCCUUGCAAAGAGCUUUUUAAAGACUGCACUAGGGUUGUCCAUGAUUAUUUAAGUGGAAGACCAUUUGAGGAGUACCAGGAAAGCAUGUAUUUCUCUCGAUUUUUACAAUGGAAAUGGUUGGAAAGGCAACCUGUAACCAAAAAUACAUUUAGACAUUACAGAGUUCUAGGAAAAGGAGGAUUUGGAGAGGUUUGUGCCUGCCAAGUACGGGCAACAGGAAAAAUGUAUGCUUGUAAAAAGCUAGAAAAAAAGAGAAUUAAGAAGAGAAAAGGAGAAUCUAUGGCAUUAAAUGAAAAGAGAAUUUUAGAAAAAGUGCAUAGUAGGUUUGUAGUUAGUUUAUCCUACACAUAUGAAACAAAAGAUGCCUUGUGUUUAGUCCUAACUAUUAUGAAUGGAGGGGAUUUGAAGUUCCACAUAUACAACAUGGGAAACCCUGGCUUGGAUGAAGAAAGGGCCAUAUUCUAUGCUGCGGAGCUAUGCUGUGGCUUGGAAGAUUUACAAAGGGAAAGAAUUGUUUACAGGGAUUUGAAGCCUGAAAACAUUCUGCUGGAUGAUCGUGGGCAUAUACGGAUCUCAGAUCUUGGGCUAGCUAUGCAAAUCCCAGAUGGAGAAACAAUCCGAGGAAGAGUGGGAACGGUUGGCUACAUGGCUCCAGAAGUUAUCAAUAAUGAAAACUAUACGUUUAGUCCUGAUUGGUGGGGACUUGGCUGCCUAAUUUAUGAAAUGAUUCAGGGACAAUCACCAUUCAGGAAACGCAAAGAGAAAGUCAAACGUGAGGAGGUAGAUCGCAGAGUGAAGGAAGACCAAGAAGUGUACUCCGAGAAGUUUUCAGAGGAGGCACAGUCUAUCUGCAGGAUGUUACUUGCAAAAGAUCCAAGAAAACGAUUGGGCUGCAAAGGAGAGGGAGCUGCUGGUGUAAAGCUGCAUCCUUUUUUCAAGGGCAUUAACUUCAAGAGACUGGAAGCAAACAUGUUAGACCCCCCUUUUUCCCCUGAUCCACGCGCAGUAUAUUGUAAAGAUGUUUUGGAUAUCGAGCAAUUCUCUACAGUAAAAGGAGUGAACCUGGAUACCACAGAUGAUGAUUUCUAUUCCAAAUUUGUUACAGGUUGUGUCUCCAUCCCCUGGCAAAAUGAGAUGAUUGAAACGGAAUGUUUCAAAGACAUCAACACAUAUGAAAAUGACAACCUGACAUCAGAUGGAGAUGAUAACAAGCAGAUUCCCAGACCAAAGAGAGGCUUCUUUCAUAGACUCUUCAGAAGAGGGGUCUGUUUUAAAUCUGAUUACAGUGAUAAUGAAGAGGAGCCAAUGAAACUAUAAACCACCGAAUAAUAUCCCAGAGCCAAAUGCUAAGAAUAAAUAAAUUCUGGAUAUUUUAUUGUAUCUAUGAACUGUAAUAAAAAAAAUUAUUAUAAAUUUUAAAACACACCAUAUGAGUUUACAGAUUUUGUAUAUUUGUACUCAAAUUAUGUUCAGAUGUAUAUUUUCACUAAAGCUGUAUUGAAGAAAAAGCCUUAAAAUUCCAUUUUGUUGUAAUACAUUUACUGUUAUGAAUUCCAAUAUGUAUAGUAGCUGUCAGCUAUGUCUGAGCAUAUGUGGGGGUGGGGGUGUAUGUUAACUGAAGUGACUUGGAAAGGAGCACAAUCAUGCGGUUAGAGAAAGGGUGUGAGGAUCAACUUAAAUCCAAAGUUAUUAUUUAUGAUUGUUCAGAAUCCUUAUUGAACUUACAGUAACAGGGAAUGGCAUUAGCUUCCUUGUUUUGAUGUUAAGUGUACUGACUUCUAGGACAUGGGGCAGAGAUUCAGUCUCCCUCUUCUCAGGCUGCAUUCAGAGGUACAAGAAAAUCACUUUAUAGAUAUAGAGGGAGAAAUAAAUGUUGUCCUUUUUACAAAUAUAGCAUACUUCUUUCAAAGGUUUAUUUUUAUUUUUCCAGCUAUGUUCUUGCAAAUUCACAGCUACAAAUCCCCAGAUAGGUAUUGUGUCUGUAUCGCCUUUCUUAUACCAAUAUCUUUACCUUCACACUCUUGAUGUUUGUAUGGCUGGUUGUGGCUUUUCUGCUAGACUAUAUUUAUCUGCUUAUUGAAAAAUAAUGUGGUUUCCUGUGACUUUGGAGUCACAGUCUUGGCAGUCAUUAAGAGGGUGCUAACCAAGUGCUGAACCAUUCAAAAAUUUGUUUUAUUAAAGUAUCCUUGUGGGUACUCUGGUGCCUCUGGAUGUUUGGAGCCCCAAAACCAGUUUAAUGGCCAAAUACAAGGUUCUUAAAUGGCAAAGAUUUGCUUUUAUGUUGUCAUAAGUGAAAAAUACAAGUGACAAGGAAAGACCCAAAACUGUAGUUUUGAAAAGAUAUGUUUUAGCAAGUCUAUAGGGGAACAAAAUCAGUCACUGUAACUGUAAAAUAAACAUCAUAUAAAGGUGCUUUGUCUUGCUAUGAUAUUCAUUUGGCUAAUAGAAAACUCAGAUUUUUGCAGAAAGAUAUG